GUAGUCUGUCUAACCUAAUUUUGAAAUGAGCGUCUGCUUCUGCUGGUUUGUUUGUUGAUAUUUUUUGUUGAAGGAAAAUUAUUUAAGUGAUCAUGGCUGAUUUGAUUAAAACUAUCGAGGACGAUGAGGAAGUUCCUGAUUAUUCAGAACCGUCUGAUUUGGAAGAUGACUAUCAGCCUCGUGUCAAAGAAAAGAAGAAAAAAGUAAGCCAAGAAGUUGACGAAAAUGCUUUUUUUACCUGCGAACAAGAUUACAAUCAAGACACAUGGAAUGACUUGAGCAAAUACAUCAAAAGAAAAGUCAAGACAAAGUUGGAUGAUAAAAUAAACAAAUACAAAAAUUUGCAUAAAGACGUGAUGAACGAGGAAGAUGAUGCAGAAGUUAAAGAAGACGAAAAUGAAGUUGAAUGGUUUCAGAGCAAAGAAGAUCUGAAGAAAGAUAACAUCAGAACGAAAGAAAAAAAGGCCAAAAAAAGAAAAGAAAAGACGCCAGAAGUAAAAGAUUUGAUGGAAUUUGAAGAAUGCAAUACUUUUACACAAGCAGCAUCAUUUUACAACAUGAAUUUGUCAAGGCCUUUAUUAAAGGCAGUCACGUCGAUGAAAUAUACAGUUCCAACGCCCAUUCAAGCUGCAACCAUACCUUUAGCACUUAUGGGUAGGGACAUAUGUGGCUGUGCUGCAACUGGAACUGGAAAAACUGCAGCUUACAUGUUGCCGACGCUGGAAAGGUUGCUAUUCAAACCCCUUGACGGAAUGGCAGUCACAAGAGUCUUGGUUUUGGUACCCACAAGAGAGUUGGGUGUUCAAGUUUAUCAAGUUACGAAACAACUAAGUCAGCAUACAACUAUUGAAGUUGGCCUGUCAGUUGGUGGAUUGGAUCUCAAAGUUCAAGAAAGUGUACUUAGAAAAAAUCCUGACAUUAUUAUUGCAACACCAGGACGUCUUAUCGAUCACUUGAACAACACGCCAUCGUUCUCCUUAAAUACAAUAGAAAUCUUAAUUUUGGAUGAAGCAGACAGAAUGUUGGAUGAAUUUUUUGCUGAUCAAAUGAAGUUCAUCAUCAAACAGUGUGCACGAACGCGUCAAACUAUUCUAUUUUCGGCCACAAUGACGGAAGAAGUGAAAGACUUGGCUGCGGUAUCUUUAGAAAAACCAGUCAAGGUUUUCGUCGAUAGUAACCAGGACGUAGCAUUUAAUUUGCGACAAGAAUUCAUAAGGAUUCGGAAAGACAGAGAAGGCGAUCGCGAGGCAAUAUUAGCUGCACUUAUAUGCCGAACUUUCCACGAUCACGUUAUAGUAUUUGUACAAACGAAAAAGCAGGCGCAUAGGCUGCAUAUUUUGUUGGGACUAUUAGGCGUCAAAGUAGGAGAGCUUCAUGGUAAUUUAACGCAACCUCAACGCUUGGAAAAUUUAAGAAAAUUCAAAGACGAUGAGAUCGACGUCCUAUUGGCGACUGAUGUAGCUGCCAGAGGUUUGGACAUAAGUGGUGUAAAAACGGUUAUUAAUUUCGUUAUGCCAGCCACUCUCCAACAUUACAUUCACAGAGUGGGCCGUACCGCGAGAGCCGGUCGUGGUGGUAUUUCUAUUUCUCUGGCUGGUGAGGUGGAGCGCGCCGUUGUUAAACAAGUUAUCGACAACGCGAAAAAUCCAGUGAAACGCCGAAUCAUUCCAACCGAUAUAAUCGCCAAAUAUAAUAAAAAGUUGCAAUCCCUGGAUGAAGAUGUCCAAAAGAUCCUGGAGGAAGAAAAGGCUGAGCGUGAGAUCGCCAAAAUGGAAAAUCAGGCUAACAGGGUUGAAAACAUGCUCAAAGAUGAAGACUCGAAGGAAGAUCGGGUUUGGUUCCAAACAAAAAAGGAGAGACAGAACGAGAAGGAAAGAUUAAAGCUGAGUGAAAAACAGAAGGCUGGAAAAUCGAACAACCAAGAUCCAUUGAACAUCGUGCAGGAAAAGAAAAAGGCAAAGAAGAAGAAGCCGCAGUUAGAUCCGGCGGAAGAGAGAGCAAUAAAAGAAUUGAACAAAGUUGCAGCUUAUCAGGCAAGAAUGGCGAAGCGUAAUAACAAACCCAAGAAAAUCCGCACGAUAAUCGAUGAUAGCGAAAGACCAUACAACAAACGACCGGAAACAGGUAAAAAACGUAAGUCGUCGUUCUUCAACGAUUUGACGGAUACUAGUCAAAAGGGUGUCAAGAAAAUGCGAUAUGAGUAA